GACGCCACGUGGACUCCCAGAGGUACUUCUUGAUCGUAGUUUUGUCGUGAUCUUCACUUUAAAAUACUGUGUUUUGGUCUUUUACAAAAAAAUCUGUUAGAAGGAAGGUGAAGUUUGGCGGAAGUGUUUUUCAAACAUGGUUAUUGUCACGCUAGUCACACAAGGUUUUUCCGUCUCCUUUCCUCUCCCGUCCUGUUGCGUAAGUUUACUAGAGUAGCCUUUUACGCUUCUGUCUCUGUGGGGAAGAGCGUUACGUGACGAAGCAAAGAACAGCUACAUAACUAGAGAGACUAUAGAGACUUACUAAACUGGCAGAUAAGAGGAGAUUAUGUUACUUACAUUUGAAUGGAGGAUACGGUAAAACUCCAAAAAUAAGCCCCUCCAAAUAAAAGCCCCCCAAAAUCGUAAGGCAAAAAACCCUCCGUUAAAUCGCCCCUCCGAAUAUAAGUCCCCCGGGGGGCUUGUACUUGGAAUUUGCCCUCGAAUACAAAGUAAAACAAUGCAAAAAUGGUAAAUUUCCUUCCCACUACAAGCUAUCCCAAUCGAUUUUGAAACGCAAAUUUUCCUACGUACAUGAGUCCCUUCGAAUAUAAGCCCCUCCAAAAAAAAGCCCCUCAAAAAGGGCCUUCGGAAAAUGUAAGCCCUGGCGCAUAUUUUCGGAAUUUUACGGUAUAUUGUCAGCUAUCGAUAGAUAGCUGGAGCAGCGACCACCCGGAACUCAGAUCUAGCAUCAUCUGUGAAGCUAAGUGAUCAACUUCUUAACCAGUAGUCUAGUCACGGUACCUGCUGAACGUGACUCUGUUUAUAUCGAUUCCAUCUCUUCUAGGUAUUGAUCCUUCGUUUGACAUGCACAAGAAGUAUUUAGAACAGCUAUGCCAAGAUUUCGAAAGCAAAGUGAAGGAUAUGAUUACGGAGAGUAUCGCUGAACACAAAGCGGCUGAAACAGAGAAUGUGGUUUAUGUGGAAGUGGCGCAACACAUGUUGUUUUGCAAGAGAAAAAUUGCAGCUGUUUGUAGACGAGAAUCGACCCUUAAGGUACAAAGUGAGGCCUGGUCUCCAUACAUUUUUCUAAGACGCGUAUCCGGCCGUACUUUCUUGCCCAUAUGCCAUUCUUGGACGUCUGUAGGUUUCUGGGAAACUGCCCACCUACCCCUCCACUAAGCCAUCGUUUUGUCCGAAGUGAGAAGUAAGUGUUAAUUGUAUAAAGCUUAGGGGAGGGGUAGGUGGGCAGUUUCAGAAACUUAUAUACGUCCAAGAAACUCUUUGGUCGCUUGCUUCAGUAGCGCCAGGAGCACUCUGUUUUUUCCACUAUUUUUAAGUAGUUAGCCUGUCAUGUAUUAGUUGUAUGACGUUAAAGUUUUUCAAAAACUUUAGUUUUUACUUAAGUGUACCGAAAACAAUGCACGUCUGUUUUCAAAAGUCUUCCCUCUCGACAGCGUUUUCCAACGUGUUACACCUGUAGUGCAUUAAAAUAUUAAGAUUUUUUAUUUAAAGGAUAUUGAAGAGUAUGUUAAGGGACCAAGCCAAUAUCCUUUGGUGAUACAUGGAAAGUCCGGCAGUGGUAAAACAGCUAUUAUUGCCUUGGCCGCUAAAGCGAUAAGCGAAUUUAUGGACCAGAAGGCCUGUAUUUGCCUCAGGUAAGUGUGUAUGUUUAAAAACGCAUCAUGACGGAACUCAACUCAGUCAACUUUGCUGAUACAAAGAAAUACCUUAUAAAUUAGAAUGCAUAUUGUCAAAGAAGUAGUGCCUCCCGUCUUUAACUGUACAGACACAUCAAAAUGCAUCCUCUUUUAUUUAUUCAAGAACAGCGGGAAAGGAAGCACCUUACUUUUCUAGAGUUUUUGAGGCAUUUUCCGCGUCAGUAAAAUUACUUUCCGUCGCGGUUUCUUCUCUCCUACUUCACUUACUUGUCAACAGUUUCCGCCAAACUUGAAGAUCUUCACUUGUUCAAUCCGGAUAGAUAUACUAUAUCCAAAAAAAAAAACAGAGAAAAUAAUUUUUAAUGACGUAAUCUGUGCGCCUAUGCUCUUCUAGAUCAUAGAUAGUGGCCAUAUAAAGUACGCGUAGAAUUCCUACACCGUGAAACGUAAGAAGGUCAGGUGAAAAUAACUGGUGUCUACUAUGAUUGUUUCAGGUUUCUAGGGACCACGCCCAAAAGUUCCUCAAUUCGGCGUAUGCUGAAAACGGUCAUGUGGCAGAUCAAGUAUGUUUAUAAAUUGACAUCCAAGGUUCCUCGCGUGAGUAUUUUUUGAAAUAGUAAAUAGCAUAUGAAGUUAUGUACUGUAAGUGACGUAAUAAACACCCAGGGCGUCUAUUAAAAUUUUAGGGGUCCAUGAGCGAGUCUUAAAUAGUUAUGAGGCGUUUACCCCUUAACAUCCUAAGAUCAAAAUUUGAAUUCCCGUGUAGUAUGAAUUCUCCUAAUAGUUUGGAGUAAUUCUCACCGGGGGUGUCUAUUAGACAGGGGGCGUUUAUUAGCGAGAUUUUAACAGCGUUGAGGGGGCGUUUAUUAAAUACGUUUUUUUGGAAGUAGGCGCUUAUUAGGUCAUUUAUGGUAUCUAGUGGAAAGUGUUAACUGUAGUUAUCUGCCUUUUUAGAGUACUAAAGGAGUCUUUGAGCAGUUCCCUGUGUUUCUAUCAAGCGCCACCAAGGAGCAACCGUUGGUCAUUAUCUUUGAUUCACUGGAUCAGCUUUCUCCCCUGCAUGGUGCUCGGAAGUUGACUUGGUUUCCAAAGCAACUACCGCCUCAUGUGAAGUUCAUUGUAUCCACUCUGCCAGAUCAAGAAUACAAGUGUUUUCCAGCACUGAAGGUAUCUUGCAUUGAAAUGUUAGGUAAAUUAAGAGAGUACUAAGAGUAGAAGCACUAUUAUGCCCGCGAACUCGGAUUAAACGUCGCAGAAGCCUAUCCUGACCUCUCUAUAUGGCCAAUGUAUGAAGUAAAUCAUCUAUGUGAACUGCAGAUGAAAUAAAGUUAUCUGCAAAUUGCCAGUUUUUAAUGUAUCGUUGUUCAAUCCUGUUGCAGGCACUUUUUAAGAACCCGAAAUGUUUUGUAUCGAUUCCCGAGCUGUCCACUGAAGAUGUGACCGCUAUAUUGACCAGAUGGCUUCAACAAGAAAAUAGGGCUCUUCAGGGGCAUCAGCUGAAGGUGCUCAAAGAUGCUUUCAAACAAUGUCCCCUUCCCUUGUUCCUGAAGAUAUCUUACGAUGAAGCAUGUCUAUGGCGAUCGUAUUCUUCACUUAGUGAGACGUGUUUAGAGACAACCAUACGGAAAGCUGUUGAUAAACUCUUCGAGAGAAUUGAAGUGAAGCAUGGUCAGGUGCUUGUUCGACACGCGCUCGGUUACUUAACUGCAGGUAAUUAACAGAACGUUGCUGUGCGAUUGGUUCUCUGUGAUGCUCUGAGAUGAAACUAAGUCGGGAUAGAAACUACACAGAAGUAUGCGAUAAGUGCUAAAUCGGAGAAUACCGUAAAAUUCCGAAAAUAAGCCCCUCCAUGUAUAAGCCCCUCCAAAUAUAAGCCCCCCAAUCCGGUCACGCAGUAAUGUUAAGCAGCUCGCCGAAGUUCACGUCAUUUUUUGGUCGUCCUAGUCCAUACGGCUUUCUAUGAUAGCGAUGUUAAAUUUUUCACUUCUGUGUCCAACUUUUGCACUGACUCUUUCCCCAGCUAUUAGUCUAACAUGGAGAUCUUGCACGUUGUGUUCAGGUGUUCCCUCUGUCAGUUAUUUGGGCCUGAAAACUUGUUUGUUCAUUUGAAACGUUAACAAUUCGGAGGUCUUAUUAAAACGUGCCUCACCUCUCUCCUCUUACAUUUUUCUCACGCCCUGCUCCCCUAAGUUGGCACUUUUGACGCGACGGUGGCUUUCGAGGAUUUUAAUCUCGUUGUCGAUGAUCUGGCUGCGCAUCGGUAAUCGCAACCUUUGAUUUAAUGCCUGGUUCAUUAGCCAGUUACAAUCUGAGAUAGAUGUAUAUAUGGAAUACAGCAGCAGUUUAACAACAUUCAAAUUAUUGUCUUUACAGCCUCACAAGGUCUAACGACAAGCGAACUCGAGGACAUCUUAUCCUGUGAUGAAGAGGUCCUCCAUGAUGUGUUCCAGUACUGGACCCCACCGAUAAGGAGACUUCCCCCCCUGCUCUGGGUCAGAAUAAGGGCCGAUCUUGCCUCUUACCUGGUUGACCGGGGGAGCGGAUGGUACCCAAUUGAUCUGCUGGUAUCAUAGGCAGUUCGUUGAGGCGGCUGUGGACCGAUAUCUGUCCGACCCGAUUGAGAAGAAGAGUCGUCAUAGUGCAAUUGCUGACUAUUUUCUGGGAAGAAACUUUGUUG